AUCAUACUUUUGUUUUGUGUUUAGGUGUUCAUGACAGGCAUGGCGAUGCGUGCUGUUGAGUGUACCGGGAUAAUUACAGCGCUACAGUUGUCUGCAUUCUGAGCAUAUCUCCGUACGCAACCUUUCUGAAUUUCGCUGCCAAUUUGUUUAGAUAAUUUCUGGUUUACAGAUACCCGUUUGUAAGUGGUCGCUGGGGCCUACUCAGGCUGCCCCGGGUCUUGAUUCGGACGAUGGCGGCAGGAGGAGGCACUGGACCCCCGCAGGUCGGAGAUGUGGAGGAGGACGCCUCGCAACUGCUCUUCCCUAAAGAGUUCGAGAACGCCGAGACGCUGCUGAACUCGGAGGUGCACAUGCUGCUGGAGCACCGCAAGCAGCAGAACGAGAGCGCGGAGGACGAGCAGGAGCUGUCCGAGGUCUUCAUGAAGACGCUCAACUACACGGCCCGCUUCAGCCGCUUCAAGAACAGGGAGACUAUCGCCAGCGUGCGCAGCCUGCUGUUGCAGAAGAAGCUCCACAAGUUCGAGCUGGCCAGCCUGGCCAACCUGUGCCCCGAAGCAGCGGAAGAAGCCAAGGCCCUUAUUCCAAGUCUGGAGGGCCGAUUUGAAGAGGAGGAACUGCAGCAGAUACUGGACGACAUUCAGACCAAGAGAAGCUUCCAGUAUUGAAUGAGACAGGAGAGCGACGAGGCAAAUCUUCAGUUGUUGUUCAGACAAAGCCACAUUCUCUGACAUUUUUAUAAAAGGAGGCAGCUAAAACUGGUGUUCCUUGUCAGAGAGGCAGAAAUCAGGACAAUGUACUUCUCCUGACAACUUUGUUUUUACAAGUUUGUUGUGUAAACUGUUAUUUUUCUGAUUAUGUUUUUAUUAUUUUUGAGAAAAACCUUCUCAACACCCCAUCCAAGUCUUUUACAGGUCAGUAGGCAGCCUCUAGAGCAGCCAGGGUGUCAUGGUUUGUAUACUUAGGUAUCUCUGAAUUGCCAACAAGAGGAAUCGGAACAAUCCGAAAAUCUGCAUUUGUACAACUUUAAUGGAAAUGUUUAUAUUCAGUAGUUUUUACUUGAUGCUAGAACAAGAAGAACAAGACACUGAGCAGAACGUAUUCAUUCCUUUGGUAAAAUAUGUUUAACAAAUAAAGAAAACCUCAUUCAGUU